CGCACGGGAAACGAAAGCGGCUCCCACCUGCAGCCGCUCCUCCAAAAGCCAAGCUGCGCCCUCCGCUGCCUGAACUUCCCGGAAAAGUCGCGCGGCUUUCGCCGAUACCAUGCAUCUGAAGGCCCUCCCAUGGGAUCACUCGAGGAGCAACAAACGCAAGAGGCCGGGGCCGCACCAAAUUAUUUUCUCCCUCUGCUGUCACUCUGCAGCUGCAUGCCUCAUACUUUUACCACAGUUUUCGCAGGUCAAAGCCCAAGCAAGACUGCUGCAAACGAAGUCGACUAGGCAUACAAGGAACACUACGUGCCACGACGAUUGUGAGCCAAUUGCAGUCAAGCGACGUCCAAUUUCGCUCAGUGAUAUUCAGGCACGAAUGGUUUUAGGAGAUUCCGUUUCCAGCACCAUGUACCCGUUCAUUGUACGGAUAUCGAUUACGUUUUCAAACGACUCAUCUUACAAUAAAAAUUACGAUGAUGUCUGCCCCGACACACAUUUGAAGAGAGACCGGAAGAAGCCCAUGCACCCCAAGGAGCCCGGGCGCACCUGUGUUGGCUCGGUGCUGUCGAGGAGGCACGUGUUGACGGCUGCCCGCUGCAUUUGGCCCCGGAAGAUGCGACCCGUGUACACGGUGUACUACGGAUCUGCCGUGUGGAACGAUCAGAAGCCGACGGGCGUGGUCCGUGCAGUUCGGCAUCCCGAGUGCCGAUCGUUCGGGCGGGGAAGGAGGCUCGUCAACGACGUGGCCGUGCUAGAAAUCGAGCAAGCCUUCCCUGCAAUGCUCGAUGCUGUUUCCCUGCCCAAAGAUCUAGGCAACAUCACCGGGCACGUGGUGGAGACGGCUGGGUGGGGCAACACGGACGAGGAACAGCAGGCAAGGCUUAAUCACAGUGCCCAGCUACAGCGAGUCGCCCUCAGGCUGCGUAGUGCCGAGCGUUGCAAAGAAGCCUACCCGAGCGCAGAUCUGAAAGGCCAGAUCUGUGCAACUGCGAAAGACGGCCAGCCGCACCUGGACGACUUUGGUGCCCCACUGUUGCUCACCACAGAUGACUGGUACGUGGUCGGAGUGUUCUCAUGGUUCCGCCUGAGAGACUUCCCCACUUCACCGUUUGUCUUCGCCAGCACAUCUUACCACAGCCAAUGGAUAAAGAGCGUCAUCGGCAAGACGAGUGGAGAGAAAAAACUCCCAUAAUAAAGAGAAGGGCGUCACAGAUUGCCCAUGGGAAU